AUGUACUUGAUUCAGGGUUGUUCUAACUGCUCCCUCAGCGAGUUUGGUUGUUGUGCUGAUAACUAUACCGAAGCUACUGGAAAGAAUGGCAUGGGUUGUCCGGAGUUCAGCGAAUCGCCUUUGAAUCUUGAGGAAGGCAAGGAGGACGAGGGAUCUGGAGACCAAGAGGGAUGCGGUGAACCAACAUGUGCUGGAUCACUUUAUGGAUGUUGCAAGGAUCGCAAAACGAUUGCUUUUGGACCGCAUUAUGCUGGCUGUGAAAGAUCCUCUUUCCCGUGCGAGCUGUCUUCCUACGGAUGCUGCUCAGAUGGUGAAACGGCUGCACUUGGACCCAAUGGCACCGGAUGCGGGGAGAAUUGCCUAACGACCAAGUAUGGUUGCUGCCCAGAUGGUAAAGGCAUUGCCAAGGGACAUCAUAAUGAAGGAUGCGGUUGCGUCUAUGCUCAAUAUGGUUGUUGUCCUGAUGGCAAGACUUCAGCUAAGGGGGCUGGAUUCUAUGGAUGCCCAGAUACUUGCGCGCAAAGUAAGUUUCUGUUUUGCCAAUUCGGAUGCUGCCCUGAUGGAAAGACCCCAGCUAGAGGA